AUGACUUUCCCCUUGGCUAGAAGCCUCCUGGUGGUUUGCGCUGUCUUCCUGCACGUGGUCUCCCCGCGGCCUGAUCUUCCUGCCGCCGCCGUUUCCAUCAACCAAACCUUCAACCUGGCCCGCCACAUGCAACUCAACAGCACUGUCCUUGUGCACACCUAUCUGAUCCACCAAGGCAGUCCGUUUAGCGACCCUGACUUUGGUGCCCAAAGGAUCGGUUAUGAGGGGGUACCGUCGGCCGACAUGCCUUUCCUCACCUGGUGUAACCUCAGUGACUAUGACCGCCUCAGUCAGAACUACAAGGCCUACAAGAAGUUCUUCGAGUUCCUGGUGCUGGUCCGGAAUGACCAGAUGGAGCUAAACUCCGACAAAGAGGACCUGGUGGAGAUGCUGAAAACCACCCAGCUUCAUAUCCGAGGCCUAAUCAACAACUUGACUUCCAUCAUGGAGGCCUUAGAGUUCCCAGUCGCCAGGACCGAGGACACGCUCACGUUGCAGGCUACUGGAACCAACAACUUUGAGAAAAAGGUUCGGGGGUACGUAGUGUGCCUCAAGUACAAAGAGUGGAUUGACCGGACCGUGAAAGACUUUGCUCGCCUCGCAAAGAAAUUCCCUCUACCCAGCUUCUCACCCUAAGUUGUGCUGAGGAACCCACUUGUGUUGAAGGUAGUGGAUAUC